UCUCGUCCUUUUGUUUUCAAGUAAACCCAGAAUAGUGAGUUGAUUGCAUAGGUUUUGAACAUGUCGAUCUGAGCCUUGUCGGCCGCGUCCAACGUUUUGUAUUUUUCUUCUGCGACAGGAGAAGUUAGCAUAGACAAAAGAUCAUCCACGGACUGUAUUUUUUGGCCUAGGUUCUCAAUGUUUUUCUGCAACUCUGGAUUGUUUAGCUGGGAGAGACCUUCUCCAGGAUUUGACGAGUCUGCCAUGAAAUCGGAUCGGAAUCUGCUGAACUGAUCUUAAUCGCUUUUCUGUCACAAAAAUAACCUUUUAAGCUCCAAUUAUAGAGAAAAAUGGUGGACUAUAGCAAGUGGAAAGAUAUUGAAAUAUCCGACGACGAAGAUGACACUCACCCCAAUAUCGACACACCGUCUCUCUUCAAAUGGCGACACGAAGCGAGAGUUCAGAGAAUGGAAGAGGAGCGAAGAGAACAGGAACGGCUGGCCAAAGAAAAGGCAGAAUUUGAGAAGAAGUUGAAGGUCGCUAAGGAAAACUCCAGUGCCUUUUCUCUGCAGCAGCUAGAGGCUGAACGCAAAAAGAUCGAGGAAAUGGAGUCCGAACUGAAAAAACAGGAAAAACUUCAGCCGUGGAACGUGGACACCAUCAGUGCUGCUGGCUUCAGCAAGACGGUCAUCAACAACCCUCCGCCACCUAAAGAGGAGGAACCGCUGACUGAAGAAGAACAGGCAAAGAAACUGAAGGAGUUUACUGUCAAAAACGAGAGCCUGCUAAAAAAAUAUGGUAUGCUUCGACGUUUCGAAGACAGCAAAAAGUUAUUGACAGACAACCCUCAGUUGGUUUGCGACGAAACCUCGCACUAUCUGCUCAUCUGGUGUAUAAAUCUGGAGAUGGAGGAAAAGAGCAGUCUCAUGGAACACGUAGCACAUCAGUGUAUUUGCAUGCAGUUUAUCCUGGAGCUGGCCAAGCACAUGAAAGUCGACCCUAGAGCUUGUGUACCUGCAUUUUACAGAAGAAUGGAAAGCUGCGAGGCUGAGUAUUUAGCCAGCUUCAAUGACGAGUUGAACAGCCUGAAGGAGAGGAUUCGUGUCCGGGCCAAGCAGAAGCUGCAACUGGCCAUCGAGGAAAUUGAGAAGGAGGAACGAGAAAAAAGACUUGGCCCCGGAGGACUUGAUCCGGUUGAAGUGUUCGAGUCUCUGCCCAAGGAGUUGCAAGAUUGUUUUGAAAACAAGGAUAUUCCGAAACUUCAGCAAAUUUUGAGUACCAUGCCUGAAGAGGAUGCCCGAUACCAUCUCAAGAGAUGCAUCGACUCCGGAAUGUGGAUCCCUGACGGAAGGAAAAGGGAGGAGGAAGCAGGUGCAGUUGGAGGUGAAGAAGCUGCUGCAUCAGGAGAUGGUCCAGACGUUGAUUAAAUUAAUCGAAUAAAGUGUCAUUUUCCUUAAAA